AUGACCCACCAAAUACAUGCCUAUCAUAUAGUAAACCCCAGCCCCUGACCACUAACCGGAGCUCUCUCAGCUCUUCUCAUAACAUCAGGUCUUAUCAUAUGAUUCCACUUCAACUCCCUUAUACUCCUAAUUUUAGGUCUUGCUACAAAUACACUAACGAUAUAUCAGUGAUGGCGCGAUAUUAUUCGAGAAGGAACCUUUCAAGGCCAUCACACACCAAUUGUACAAAAAGGCCUUCGAUACGGUAUAAUUCUAUUUAUCAUUUCAGAAGUAUUCUUCUUCGCAGGCUUCUUCUGAGCCUUUUACCACUCCAGUCUAGCACCAACUCCCGAACUAGGAGGCUGCUGACCCCCAACAGGUAUUUAUCCUCUAAAUCCUAUAGAAGUGCCUCUACUAAACACAUCCGUCUUACUAGCCUCAGGCGUUUCCAUUACAUGAGCCCACCAUAGCCUGCUAGAGGGUAAUCGCAAACAAAUACUUCAAGCCCUGUCAAUUACCAUUAUAUUAGGCAUUUACUUUACCCUGCUUCAAAUAUCAGAAUACUUUGAAACAUCCUUUACCAUCUCCGAUAGUGUCUACGGAUCAACUUUCUUUAUAGCUACAGGCUUUCACGGACUCCACGUUAUCAUUGGCUCAACUUUUCUAACUAUUUGCUUCUUUCGACAAUUAAAAUUCCACUUCACAUCAAACCACCAUUUCGGAUUUGAAGCUGCCGCCUGAUACUGACAUUUUGUAGACGUGGUCUGACUCUUCUUAUACGUCUCUAUUUAUUGAUGAGGGUCCU